AUGACCGCACAAUCUCCCUUUCAAACUCCUCAAGACCUCCGAGACUGGGGAUGGCAUGACGGUGUCAAGAUAUCGCAAGCUUACGAUGACCUCAGCAGCUUCUGGUGGGGAGCUGAUGUGGCACUGAAGGGCCUUCAGCUUCCUUGGAAGACGGAUGCCCAAGAGGGUCCCAAUCGUCUCACCAUUAUAGUGCACCAAGACCCCACUGCAGAUAUCAGUGUUGAUAAGCAAACUUACAACGUCGACGGAAAAAAAUACCGGGCUUCGGACGCUGAUUACACUAUGCUUGUGAAUCUGCAAGAUGGUGUUAUCAUUGCCAUAAGUCGCAAAGGCCCAGAUACGGCAGGCAAGGAGCGAGAGCCGCCGCUGAAACCAGAAGACAUGCCAAAACUCCAUCAAUUCUCCGAUGUUGGCUGGAUAAAAUGGAAGGCCAUGACCGAGGCGAAUAAUCUUCCUGUUAACAAUCUUCGGUAUUUCUUAUCGCUUGGGAUCGCGAACACACAGACGUUAUCAGUGUGCGAGAGGAUUUUCAGGGAUAAUAACCUAGCAAUGAGGAGGUGGCCUGGUCACGUUUUCCUAGCCGGCACAUGGCAGUUCCGUGCUAUCUUGGGAACCCCGAACGUACAAGGCUUUGGGUACAUGCUGGUUCAACACAAGGCAGAUCUGGGCAACAUGUUCAUUAGUAAAAUCCAUGUUUUCCUGUGUGAAAACAACGAGGUUUGCAUUGUCGCAUUUGUGUCCCAACCAGUGGCCACUCCAGUGCAAGAUGCAAUGGUCGGAUCAAUAGUCAUUUCGGAUCAGGUCGACAGACGCGACGAAGGAAGUAACGUCAUGCGUCUACACAAGAUCUUCGCGAAGCUGUGA